CGCUUCCAAGGCGAUCAGUAGCACCUCCCUCCCUGCCACCUUUCAUGCUGAGUGUGGAGCAGGAACUUCCCAGGAAGAUUUCUAAGGAAGAACAAUAAAUCAACUGACGAUUCCACCCUCGAAGGAAGCUUCAGCCUCAGUACACCCUACAUGUGACACACAAGGGUUGAUCAUCUUUUGAAGGAUAUUCAAACCCAAGAGGUGUGACUCUUUCUUUAAAGAAAAUCCAGGCUAGACUAGAGCAUUGGACAUUUCGACUGGGAAGGAUGCAGAUGAACGGCUUUUGACUAUCAGGACGGAUACCUGGAGUCCUGCUCAGCCGUGAAACUUAAGGGACGGACCAAUGUUUCCAUCCAGGAAGGAGAACCUACCCUCUCCCAUCCUGGAGGAUUCUUUCUUCCCCUUUUCUUCAUCACACUCUUCCUCCGGUCACCGGAUCAUGGCUCCUACAAUGGGAGUAGAUGAUCUUCUCGCCUCACCUCAGGAUGACAGCAGUCCUACACUGCUGGAAAAGGACCUGAUCCUGGCUGCUGAGGUGGGCCAAGCUUUGCUGGAGAAAAACGAGGAGCUGGCCGCUCAGAUAAAGCAGAUGGAAAGGGAGACGGAGUCUGUGCAGCAGGAGAAACACGUGCUGCAGCGACGUCUGGAGGUGCGCGACCUCGAGGCCAGUCAGCGAGACGCAGAACUGCAGGCGGACAUCACAUCGUUGCGUGCGCAGUUGGAACAAAAACACAUUCAGAGUCGUGGCCGGCGUCAUGAAGAAAGUGAGCAGCUGACUCAGCUUUCUAACCACAACCAAAAACUUGUGGAACAGCUGGCAGAGGCAGUGGCUAUAGAGCAUACUUUGCGUACUGAGCUUCGUUCUAUAAGAGAAGAAAUGGAGGAUACAAGUUUUAGCAAAUCCAUAAGCUCUGCUAGACUGGACAGUCUGCAAGCAGAGAACAGGGUUUUGAAAGAGCGCUGUACUCAUAUGGAUGAACGACUGAGGUCAGCUCAAGAAGACAACCUCCGGCUGAGAUCUGAGAGGGAUAGAUUGAGAGAGAGGGUGAUCGAGCUACAGACCAGUCUGAAAGAUAAAGAAACGGAGCUGGAACAGGAGCAGACCAUAGUGUUUCAGCUGCGCACAGUAAACCAUACCCUGCAGCAAAGGGUUGAAGCCCUGGGAGAAGAGGCCAAUCUGGGGGACACUACCUGUUUCCCUUUGUCACUUCAGAGUGAGAUCCAACAGUCCCAGGCAAAAGAAACCAUUUUGGGACAUUCAGCCAUUUUGCAAGAAAAAGAAGAAGAAAUUCAGAGGUUACAGAAAGAGCUAAAGUCUAGAGAAACUGAAUUAGAAGAGCUGAGGGAGCAGGUGAAGCCAUUUCAUAACAGUCCUGGUAAACCUUCUUACAGUGCCUUGGAAGAGGAGAUCAUUUUGGCCCGACAAGAACGUGAUGCACUCAACCAGCAGCUUCUGAACACUAUCAGACACAAAGUGGCACUCUCUCAGGAAGUUGAGUCUUGGCAGGAGGACAUGCGUCUGGUGAUCUGUCAUCAGGUUCAACUCCAACAACAAGAGAAGGAAAAGGAAAUCAACAAGGAACAGACAGGCUUUCAAAGAGGCACUCGCGCCACCAAAUCACUGCGUGUACGUGGGGAAGAUGGAAGGAAAGGGUUUUUCUCUUCUCUGUUUGGGGGAGACUGACUUGAUGAAAAAUAAGAAAGAACAAGAAGAAGGGAAGAGAAUAUAAUAACGAGAGAUUUCUCACUUUUGUCUGCAAGUGGCAAAUCCUCUUUAAAAUCAUCCAAAUGUGUAAAUAGAAAAUAUAAAGAAAUUAUGUGUACUCCAUAGUGGCACUGUUGCAUAUUUAUGUUUUUCAAUAUUUAUUUGCAACUUCAAAAGCAUACCUAAAAAUAAAUGUAUAACAUUUA